AAAUAGUAAGUUAAUUUUCAUAUGAAAAUGCACUAUUUUGGGGUUUGACCUUGAUGCCUCAUAAGUUCCACUAGGGUCAUUUUGGCAAAGGGUCUAUGUUCAAGGGACACAUUUGCAGUGUUGCCAUAGUAACAAAAGACCUUUGAACAAAGUACAGCCACGAAAAUCAUCAAUAUACACUAAAAAUGAAAUGUUUAUAACAUUUUAAAGCUCAAUUUUAAAUUUCUCUGCUACGAUCUUAAUUUGUUUCGUUUUUCACAACUACUUCAACAUUUACAUGCUUUCAGUUUUCCAGUCUUACUCGAUAUUUUUGGCCGCGCAAGCCUGGUAUUGAGUUCAACGUGACCAAUGUUCGAUGUCAAAACGCGUGUCCGCGUGCAUGGUUUCAUUCAAUCUGUUUCUAAAUUCUCAAGUAAAACAGCUUUUUGGCCGGAAGAGAUUAAUACGAUGUUCUGGACUUUUUCCUUAUGCCUUGUUCUUAAUAUAUGUACCUUAAAUGCCAACAUUGUGCCCCAUCAUAUCUCACAUCAUGGCAUACGAAGUGCCGAUGGUCUUUCAGCCGGCGAUUUCGCAGAUCAGUUGUUCAAGAAAUAUGGCAACAACGCUGGGAAAAUUAGCUUGGACAAGUUUGGAAAUCUCUUGAAAAAUUUGGGAAUUGGUGAAAAUGUGACUAAAAACAUUGGAUCUGUUGAAAACAACUGUUUUACAGGUUCAAGUUUACUGAGAAUAUUUUCUCUCAAUGCAACUGGUAUUGAUAAAGCCAGCUUUCAAACUGUCUGCCCUGCGAUUGUGCAACAAAUUGACAGUACGGCAUGUAAAGAUGAUGAAAACAAAGAUCCUGUUGAAACUAAGGAAUCUAAAAUGAAAGCAUGGGGUUAUGGCUUUCUAUCAGUAGGCAUUAUAAGCGCUGCUUCGUUGCUUGGAGCCUUUGUCGUCCCAUUUAUGAGCCAUACCUUUUAUAAAAAGCUUCUGUUGUUCAUGGUAUCUCUGGCUGUGGGUGUUUUGGGUGGCAGCGGGAUUUUUCAUCUUUUACCAAAUACUUUUGGCUUGGCUGAUUCCAGUGAUGUGUCYUUCCUGUAUAAGUCUGCYGUAGUUGUUGGUGGAAUCUACUUUUUCUUUCUUCUCGAAUACACUAUGAAACUUUACAUAAGACAUAAGGAAGGUAUCGUGAGUGAGGGCAAUGGACAUGGUCACUCUCAUGGAUUAAAAUCCAUGCAAAAUGGUAAAAGUGAAAUCCCAGGACAAGGCAUUGCAGUCGCACAGCUAGAACUCUAUAAAUACAARGGAGACCCUAAACAUGACCACACGUCAGGAGGACUUAUAAUCGACAGCAAACUAAAUCGCAAACCAGAUGCAAACGUCAUCAGCGGAGUUUGCUCUCAAACUACAACAUUCUCAAACUCCGUUUCAGAGGAGUCUAUCACCAUCAAGGAACCAAAUAAGGAGGAACAUAACAAAGAAAAGCAGCAUAUUGCUCCUGUUGCAUGGAUGAUUGUUAUAGGAGAUGCUGUACAUAAUUUUAUUGAUGGUCUAGCCAUAGGUGCAGCAUAUUCUACUUCUGUGUACAGUGGUCUAAGUACAGCUUUGGCUAUAUUCUGUGAGGAGUUACCACAUGAACUUGGUGACUUUGCUGUUUUGCUAAAUGGUGGCAUGACUUACAAACAAGCUAUGUGUUUCAACUUUUUCUCAGCCUGCUCAUGUUUUCUUGGACUUGUUAUUGGCUUGUUGCUAGGCUACUCGACAUCAGCAGUUAAAUGGAUUUAUGCACUUGCUGGGGGGAUGUUUCUUUAUAUAUCAUUAGUUGACAUGUUACAAGAAGCGACAGAGAUGUCAUUCAAGGAAGGUGCAGGCUCUUUAGGAAAGAGUAUAAAAAUGUUUGCUUUACAAGGCUUUGGCAUGCUAUUUGGGUUUGCAGUAAUGUUCAUUUUAGCUAUGUAUCAAAACAAUAUCAGUAUAUAGUGAAUUUGGCCUGGCAUACAACAAAAUGGGGACCAGUUUUCAGUUCUUUUUAAUUUUUAACUUUUAAGAUACAUACAAAGAGUGCAAACACUGAAAGCAUGGAAAAGGUAUUAACAUAAAUAUACAGUGUUAUUAGGAAUUCGAAUUUAUGAAUUCAAUAGUAAUUAGCAUUAGUUUUAAAACCAUUUUAUGGUUUUAUUGUUUGCACUUUCUGACUUUAAGAAAGAAUUUAAUKACUAGUUUUGACGUCAGUUUUAAUGAUUAAAUAUUUAAAUAAAUUAUUUGUAAUUAUUCCUAAGAUUAAAUCAUCAUUUUGAUGUUUUCAAGACCUGAUUUCACAAGUCCCAGUUCACUCUCAGUAACGUUGUUGUUUUGUUCAUUAAGUAGCAAUGAGCAAAGCAGAAACUGAAAACUGGGAUAUUUUAAGAUUUGGUGGAAACUAGAAGUAAACUAGUGAGAUGCGUCGGUGUUUCUAAAGAAACAGUUGUGUAUAAAAAGAUAAAUUUAACAUCGCAAAUCGUGAAAAAAGGUGAAACAACUUACUGAAUAGAUGUUUCCGAUGUUGAUCCUUUGUCGGAGUAAAGAGACAAAAAACGUCAGUAAGCUGUUAAAUUUAUCUUUCUACACAACUAUUUUGAUUUCUAUGGUCAAAAGGAGUUAGGCUUUCAACUUCUUGGUUCUAGCAUUUUACAGCAAUAUCUUGGGGGUCAGAAAUUAUUUCAAAAAUCAAAAUCAUCCAAAUUUUCCAGAAAACUACAAAAAUCUACUGAUUUGCAAACAAUUUGAUGAAAAUCAAUGUAAAUUGCCCACAUAUGACACACUAUUUUUACAGCAUCUUUCAUGAAUUUGUGAAGUUUAAAAGCAAUUAUUCAUUCAUGAGUUUAAUGUACCAUGUUGGCAUCAUUCGUGAUUUAAUAAUGAUUACUAUAAAAAAUAGUUUUGAAUUUUAUAAUAAGAUUUAAAAAGUGUGAUUGCACAUGAAAAAAAUUAUGGAAAAAAAAAACAAAAAAAAAUAUUAUAGAAAAGCAUCCAGUUUUGCUCAGCAUUUUAUGAUUUAACUUUGCACGUGUGUAAUUUGGGUUUCCUUUGUUGAAGUGACAGACUUACUUACGUAGUGAUUUUUCCUUUGUAAGUGUACAGGUGCCACAAAAACGCUAUUUAAUAAUACUUUUAAAAUAAUACUUAAGUUAUAUUAACAUUUUUAAUGCACUGUAUUACCAUACUACAUAGUUACACAGAUAUUCAAUAUAAGGUAGAGUUUUAAUAUUUUGCGCAUGGGCCAUUUACUCGCACAGGGUAAAUACAUAAUUAUUAUAAUGUAAAGUCCAUUUUAUGUGAAAUUUAAUCUUCAUCUUUAAGGCAGAGAACUAAAAAAACUCUUUAGUCUCUUAGAUAGAUUUGCUCCCUGAAAGAUGAAGUUCAUAGAGUCCAAAACAAAGAAAACUGAUCAUUUUCAAUCGAAUUGAAAGCUCUAUCCUUAUCUAUCCAUUACAAAGUCUCAAUUGAGCAGAAAUUUAGAAUAUAAAGGUAUUAAUAACAGUUCAUAUCAAAAUAUAUGACAAAUACUAACGAUUUUAAUACGGCGUUAUUUAUUGUUGAUAUUAAUAUUUUAAUGAUGAUAUUAAAUAUUUUAAUCUGUUUUUAAGGUUAAAAGACUUAUUAUUUUAACUAUAAAUUUUAAAAUGUUUUAUUGUGAUUGAAUUUAUCACAUAAUUAUCUAUAGAAUUCCAUCCUAUACUUCUCCAUAUUACUUAAAGUUGUUAUUUUCCCUACUAGUGAGGUUUCUCUAUCUAAUGGAAGUAAGAAAAAAUGGUAUUUUACGUCACAAUUUGCUUUCAUAUGUAAUUAUAUGAUAAAGAGAAUAUUACAUGGACCACUUAAAGAUAUGAAUUUUAUCUUCUCUUGUUGAAAAUCUCUCACUUGUUUUUGUUACACUCACUCAUGAGAGAUUAUCCUCAAGUCUCACAGAUUAUAAACGCUACUUAGUUUAUACUUUUCCACUCACAUUAGUCUCCUUCAUAGCCUCCCCUUUUAUUGGGCUUCCUGUCUCUCCCAAACAGGCAGCCCAACAAUGGGUAAGCUCCAAAGGAGACUACACUCACAUCUUGUCCUUAGUUACUCUCUUACAACUCCAUAUUUAUCUGAUUGAAUAUAACAUACAAAUUAUUGUGAAAAUAUCAUAGUGUGUUAUUUUAGUGUGUUAAUAAAAUUAUUGUUAUUAUUGU